AUGGCAAAAACACACCAAGUUGGAGUAGCCAUGGACUUCUCUCCUACCAGCAAACUAGCUCUUAGAUGGGCUGUUGAUAGUCUGAUCAACAAAAAUGAUCACAUCAUCAUGAUCAUUGUUCAACCUCUCUCAGCUGAUCACACCAGAAAAGAGCUUUUUGAAAACAAUGGUUCACCUUUGGUGCCACUAGAGGAAUUGAGGGAAAUAAACUUUACCAAGCAAUAUGGGAUUGCCAAGGAUGUUGAAGUCAUAGAUAUCCUUGAAACUGCCUCCAAAACCAAAGGGGCAAAGGUAGUUGCAAAGGUGUACUGGGGAGAUCCAAGGGAGAAACUGUGUAGUGCUGUGGGAGAUCUUCAUUUGGACUCAUUGGUUGUUGGAAGCAGGGGUUUAGGUACCAUUAAAAGUGUGUUGUUAGGAAGUGUUAGCAAGCAUGUGGUUACACAUGCUUCUUGCCCAGUCACUGUGGUUAAGGGAACGCAACCUUCAAAGUCUAGGAAUUGA